UCCCGCCUCUCCUCCCACAGCCAGCCCCAGGGCCCUGGCAGAGUCCUGGGCACACCAUGCCCCACGCUGGGCUCUGCCCCUGCUGGGGUGGCCGGGUGCUGCCCCUGCUGCUGGCCUACGUCUGCUACCUGCUGCUCGGAGCCACCAUCUUCCAGCUGCUGGAGAAGCAGGCAGAGGCUCAGUCCAGGGACCAGUUUCAGUUUGAGAAGCUGCGUUUCCUGGAGAACUACACCUGCCUGGACCAGCAGGCCCUGGAGCAGUUUGUGCAGGUCAUCAUGGAAGCCUGGGUGAAGGGCGUGAACCCCAAAGGCAACUCCACCAACCCCAGCAACUGGGACUUCGGCAGCAGUUUCUUCUUUGCAGGCACGGUCGUCACCACCAUAGGAUACGGGAACCUGGCGCCCAGCACAGAGGCAGGCCAGGUCUUCUGUGUCUUCUAUGCCCUGGUGGGCAUCCCGCUCAACGUGGUCUUCCUCAACCACCUAGGCACAGGGCUGCGUGCCCACUUGACCGCCCUGGAGAGGUGGGAGGACCAGCCCAGACGCUCCCAGCUACUGCAGACCCUGGGCCUGGCCCUGUUCCUGGCCCUGGGGACGAUGCUUAUUCUCAUCUUCCCGCCCAUGGUCUUCAGCCACGUGGAGGGCUGGAGCUUCGGCGAGGGCUUCUACUUUGCCUUCAUCACUCUCAGCACCAUCGGCUUCGGAGACUAUGUCGUCGGCACAGACCCCAGCAAGCAUUACAUCUCGGUGUACAGGACCUUGGCGGCCAUCUGGAUCCUCAUGGGCCUGGCGUGGCUGGCACUGGUCCUCCCACUGGGCCCCCUGCUUCUUCACAGGUGCUCCCAGCUCUGGCUGCUCAGCAGAGGCCUUGGCCUCAAGGAAGGGGGAGCCCCCGAAACCGAUGGGCUCCCCAGACCUCAGAAGAUUCCCAUCUCUGCAUGAGGACCCCCCAGUGGCCUCAGGAGCCCCUCCCAGCAUCCCCAGCCCACCCCAUGUGCCCUCUGGACAUCCUGGCCCAGCUCCUUCUUUGCAACCCACUCACUUCCCAGCACAGAGCAAGGAGACAGGCGUGUCCAAGAAAGUACGAGAAAGGAGAUGCAGAGGCAGAAUGGGAGACAGAUAUGUGUGGAGCAAGAUGUUGUCCCAGGGCCCCUCCCUCAAAAGUGACCUGGAAAAGCUCAGAGUUCCUGUGUUGACUUGGUGAUAACAAACCUGACCAGUAUCCUGGCCUCGCUUAGUGGGUUAAGGAUCUGGUGUUGCCUGAGCUGUGGUGUAGGUUCCAGACAUGGCUGAG